CACACACACACACUUACACAGAGCAGAGAGACUGCAGCACAGGCGUUAAAGAAGCGAACCGAUCGCAGCCGGGCCCUGCCAUUCGCGCUCGAGACUUCGACCGAAGAAGCCGCAGUAGCAGUCGGACCAGCGUACGAUUAGCAGUCAACUCGUUGCUCUAGCAGCACAUCGAUAUACUUCUCGCUUAUCGUUCGUAUCGAGGAUCAAGAUGAGGGAAAUCGUACAUCUGCAGGCCGGACAGUGCGGCAAUCAGAUCGGAGCCAAGUUCUGGGAGGUAAUUUCGGAGGAGCACGGAAUAGACCAGUCGGGCAUCUACCAUGGCGACAGCGACCUGCAGCUCGAGAGGAUCGACGUCUACUACAACGAGGCUUCGGUGGCGACGUCGACGAACGGCGGCAAGUAUGUGCCCCGGGCGAUCCUGCUGGACCUGGAGCCCGGCACUAUGGACGCGGUUCGCUCCGGCGCCUACGGCAAGCUCUUCCGGCCGGACAACUUCGUUUUCGGCCAAUCGGGCGCCGGAAAUAACUGGGCCAAGGGCCACUACACCGAGGGUGCGGAGCUCGUCGACUCCGUCCUCGACGUCGUGCGCAAGGAGUGCGAGAACUGCGACUGCCUCCAGGGCUUCCAGCUGACCCACUCGCUCGGAGGUGGUACCGGCUCCGGUAUGGGGACCCUCCUCAUCUCCAAGAUUCGGGAGGAGUAUCCCGACAGGAUCAUGAACACCUACUCCGUCAUGCCGUCGCCGAAGGUGUCGGACACCGUAGUCGAGCCGUACAAUGCGACCCUCUCCGUGCACCAGCUGGUGGAGAACACCGAUGAGACUUACUGUAUCGACAACGAGGCGCUUUACGACAUCUGCUUCAGGACACUCAAGGUGUCCAACCCGUCGUACGGCGACCUGAACCACCUGGUCUCCCUGACCAUGUCGGGCGUGACAACCUGCCUUCGCUUCCCCGGUCAGCUGAACGCUGACCUGCGCAAGCUGGCGGUGAACAUGGUCCCCUUCCCGCGUCUCCACUUCUUCAUGCCGGGCUUCGCUCCUCUGACCUCCCGCUCCAUGCAGCAGUACUCGACCUUGUCGGUUCCCGAACUGACCCAGCAGAUGUUCGACGCCAAGAACAUGAUGGCCGCCUGUGACCCACGCCACGGCCGCUACCUGACCGUCGCCGCCGUCUUCCGCGGUCGCAUGUCCAUGAAGGAGGUCGACGAGCAGAUGCUCAGCGUCCAGAACAAGAACAGCUCGUACUUCGUCGAGUGGAUCCCCAACAACGUCAAGACCGCCGUCUGCGACAUCCCGCCCAAGGGCCUGAAGAUGUCGUCGACCUUCAUCGGCAACACCACAGCCAUCCAGGAGCUCUUCAAACGCAUCUCGGAGCAGUUCACCGCCAUGUUCAGAAGGAAAGCCUUCUUGCAUUGGUACACCGGCGAGGGCAUGGACGAGAUGGAAUUCACCGAGGCCGAGUCGAACAUGAACGACCUGGUGUCCGAGUACCAGCAGUACCAGGAGGCCACCACGGAGGAGGACUUCGAGACCGAAGAUGCCGGCGACGACUUCGAGACGUGCGAUCAGGAGUGAAGUGGAACUCGAGGCCUGUUCGAAGAGAGCGACAUAUUUCUUAUCGAGGAAAUUACAAGCGCGCCACCUUUACGUCCUUCAUCGGGCUUACCUUUGAGAAGUAAGCUCGCUGUGACAACGUACACGUCGCUCUGUUUUUAUGCAGAUUUCACGAUCAUAUAUAGGUUUACGCACAUCUUUAUGGAGUUGCGAGAGAGAACACGAUUGCUGCCCCGGUACUUAUACGUAUCAGCGAUCUAUCCGUAACGGCAAAUUCGUGUGCGGAGGAGCUUCUUUUUACAUGAAUUACAUGAAUUACACGAAUUACACGAAUUACACGAAUACGAACGAGUUGAAUUUAGUCAAUAGUUUUACUGUAUCGUGACUUAAUAACGACGAUUAUAUUCCAUCGCCUAUGAAUUGACAUAUCCGAUUGAAUUUAUAUUUGAGAUUUUUUACUGGCAUUCGCUGAUUUUAAUUUUUUUGCAUCUUUUUUUUAAAGGAUCUUUUUGAAAUGAAACUGUAGCAUGUAAGUCACAUUGAAGUUCUUUUGUUCAAAAGAAAAACCUAGAUUUAUAUGAGCCUUGUUAUUGGGCGCUAGAAUUUAACUUCAUUAUCUAAAGGCAAUUUUAUAAUUUUACGCAUACUUUUAUUUACAUUACGAAGUAUUUAUUGUUUAUGCGAUGGCUAUCAAUCAUAAAGAUAAGGAAGUUUUACAAUGAUUUUUAUAAGAAUAUUUUAACUGAGGGGACUGAUGCAAAGAUCUGAAAGAGCACAUUUUACACAGACGUAUACCAUUUAUAACUUUUAUGAAGCAACACACCAAAGUAUAUCGGCCAAAAAUGUCCCUGCUUUGAGAUAAUCUAUGACAAAACGAAUUAAACUUACUCUAGUAUUGGAUCAUUAGAUUUGAUAUUCGCGAGCGUAUAGACUGAAAAUCGUAGGCAGACUAACUCAUAUCCUUGGAAAAAGUUUUGUAUCGUUUGAAAGUCGUCGAAGAUGAUAGCAAAUUGUGAUUAUACCGAGGAUGUAACAUCAUUUUAAUCCCGAGCUACGAGCAUUUAUAUUUACGCAAAUUUAUGGAGGCGGAUUUUAUGAUUAUUACGGCGAGAUAAGGGCAUGAAAGUGUGUGAAACGAUGUAAUAAAACUUAUUGAAAAUACUC